AUGAGCACCAACGAAAAGCAACAGGAACGCAAGAAGGAGCCGCUGUUCAAGGCGCACUCCCUCAAAGUCGGGGACCGGGUGACGGACGCGGCCAAGUUGACGCUGAGGGAGACGCUGUGGCCGCUGUUCUUGGUGACGAUCCUAUACUUCCUCUGGGGUUUUGCCUAUGGUUUACUUGACACACUCAACCGACACUUCCAAACUACCCUCCACAUUACCCGCACGCGUUCUUCCGGUCUGCAAGGUGCCUACUUCGGGGCAUACCCGCUAGCCUCUCUGGGCUAUGGUAACUGGGUCCUGCGGAAAUACGGAUACCGGGCCACAUUUAUUCUGGGUCUUGUCCUCUAUGGCGUCGGUGCCCUCCUCAUGUGGCCCGCUGGCUUGAAACGUUCCUUUGGCGGCUUCUGUGGGGCCACAUUCAUCAUCGGUUCCGGGUUGGGAUGCUUGGAAACCGCUGCAAAUCCCUACAUGGCUGUCACCGGCCCGCCGAAGUAUGCUGAGCUGCGUAUCAACCUGGCGCAAGCCGUUCAGGCGGUUGGCACUGUCGUUGGACCUGUCUUGGGAUCCUACGUAUUCUUCAAAGAUACUGGAGACUCCGUCGACUCACUAAAGACUGUCCAAUGGGUGUACCUUGCCAUCGCCAUCUUCGUCUUCGUUCUCGCUGUCGUCUUCUUCUUCUCCGUCAUUCCUGAGGUUACUGAUCUUGAUAUGGCGCAGCAGAUGGAGCUGACACACGCUGAUGCUAUCGAGGACGUGAACAGCCAAUCUUUCUGGCGUCAGUACAAGGUUUUCUUUGCCGCCUUCGCCCAAUUCUGCUACGUGGGUGCUCAGGUUGCGAUUGCCUCGUACUUCAUUAACUAUGCCAUCGAAACCCGAGCCAACACGUCGUCCGCGACUGGAGCCAAGCUCCUCGCUGGUGGUCAAGGAUCUUUUGCGGUCGGGCGAUUUGCAGGAUCCUUCAUCAUGACAUACAUCCGGCCCCGACUGGUGUUCCUCUUCUACAUCACCAUGGUCGUUAUCUUCACCGCCGCGUCCAUUACGCAGAGGGGCAACACCGGUAUCUCGAUGCUCUUUGUCGCAUUGUUCUUCGAGAGUGUAUGUUUCCCGACCAUCGUGGCCCUGGGUAUCCGUGGAAUCGGCAGGCACACCAAGCGUGGCAGUGGAUGGAUUGUCGCGGGUGUCGUCGGUGGAGCUUGCAUCCCACCACUGACCGCGAAGGUCGCUGACAUCCACAACAACACCGCGCUCGCCAUGGUCGUGCCCACAAUGUUCCACGUCGUCGCCCUCGUCUACGCCGCCUGCUGCAACUUCGUGCCCCGCUUCCGGGACGUCAUGGACAAAGUGGGCGACUCCGAGGUCGGCGUCGCAAAAGCUACUUCAAGCACCGACGAGAAGGAGACCGCGGAGGAGAAGGAGAAGGCGAGCGUGGAGAAGGCGUGA